CGGGUAUAAAAUAAAAUCUGUAAUGCAAGUACCAGUGUAGUGUCAGUCAUUACGAUGCCUUUUAACAUAAAAGCUCACAAAAGAGAAAAACAGAAUGUCACGGGACUGAAACUGUUGUUUGUCAUCUUCCACCAUCUGUUCUGUGCUUCCUAAUCUGCUCUUUAUUGAAUUUUGUUUCUUUCAACAUGUCACAGCACACAAGCCUCGAUUCCUGACAUGAUUCUUCUUUGUCACUUCCUUCACGAGCAUGGAGGUGAGUUUCAAGUUUCCUUGCCUUGAAAAACCAGAAGCUGAUGCUGAAGUAGAAGAAGACAUGCGCUUUCAAAAUUCCUUUCAGGAGCUAAGAGAACUGCAGUCUCAGCUGCACCAUGCUGCAGAUUAUUGUGAAACGACUUUCUUGAAAAGUGAAGCUAAGAGAGAUGUGAUGGAAAAUACAAAAGAAUACAUAUGCAGGGCCAUAGUCACUGUAGUUGAUCAUCUUGGAAACGUCUCAGCUAAUCUUGAAGGCCUUAUUUCUCAAACAAGUGCAAUUUCUGAGGCUGAGUCACGAAUCCAGUGCCUCAAACAAAGACUUUUCUCAUGUGAACAAUAUGCUGAUAAGCUUGCGCUCACACAGAUGAGAUGGAGGGAGAAAGUGCCAAGAUUCCAUUCUCGUUAUUUAUCUUCACCACCCAUUCUUGAGAGAUCAAGCAGUGAGAAAUUAAGAGAUUCUGAAACUGAAGAUCCCACAAAAGUAGAAGACAAACACAUACUAGAAAAGCAGGAGGAAUUGCCACUUUUCUUGUACACCCAAAAGCCACAUGCAGAUAAGAAUUUGAAGCCAACCAGUGUUACAACAUUGAACAAACAUAACAAUGUGACCAUGGUGGUACCUGUUCGGGAUGGUUUCUCAGUCUUAACAAAAGUUUCAAAUCCUACAUUUCAUUUUCAAGGUUCCCCGAAGGCUACACGCCAUAGAAGAUCCUUGCAUGGCAGUGACAUCUUAUGGCUCAUUCGGCGUACUAAACGAAUCCUAUGAAAAACUAUAUUGAUUGUAAUGCAAAUGCUACUAGUCUUAAGUACUCAUGGAAGUUGUAUGAUUCUGGAACCAAACAUUAUUUGCAAAUAUUUAUAUGUUGAGGCACUUAAAAAGUAGCUACUUUUACAA